UGAUUGUUUUAUUUUCGGUUGCCCAAGUCUUGAUGUCCAAAAGUUGAAACAAUAUAUAAUUUAAGAUUGAUCGUCCUUGUGAUUACUGAUUUGUAUGUAUCUAUGUAUAUAUAUGUAUAUACGUAUUGUUCCCUAAGUAGGUUUACUGAAAAGUGCAAGGACUUUUAAAUUUCUUGUUUAUCUCUUAAUAAUACCACGUCUUCAGAGCAAGUCAUUAAAUACAUGUCUUAUGAAAACAUAAAUGCGAUAAUAUGUUUGAACGGAAGCGAGCAAAUUCUUUACAUGCCGCAGUUAUUGGUAAAGCUUCUUAACCACAACCACCACAAGCCUGUAAAAUAUUAUCGUUUCGGUCAAAGUGUUUUGUAAUUUUGAAAUGUAACGAUUUCACAAUCUUGGCUUCUUUUUAGAGCGUAAUCACUUUCGAUACAACUUUCACAAGUGGUGUAGUAUGGCCAAAAUCACUUUUGUCAAAGUUAACUGACCCUAAUUUUGUCUAUUAGAGAAAAGGCUGGGAAUUUUUCUUUGACCUCUUGCAUUGAAGUCCAUUGAAGUUAGGCUACAUCCCAAGUUACAAAUUUCAUAGCGAUUUAUUUUUUUUCAUCGAAUUUUUCGAUUCGAUCUUUCCAAUCGAGCAAGUACGAUGCUGCCGUAGCGAUUCAAGAAUGAUUAGGCAAAUAGGAUGAUUGAGGAAACGGCGCAAGUUGAUCGUAUGACCAAACGUGUUCGAAGAACCGAAGCAGUGUGAAAAAGAAUAUAUUAUUGAAUUACAAACACCAAGUCGUUUGUCCAUAAUUGUGAUAAAUAGCUUCACGCGAACGAUGCAUAACGUUAAGGUUGUUAAACAAAUCAAAGAGAGUGAAGUCGUUUUACUCUGAGUGAUUCGUUUGAGAUCGAGUUAUGCCAGAUCUGAUUGUCAUAUUUCGCCAGCGUGGCCUAUCAGCAAUGCGCAAGGUAGCAUAUCACAAAAGCUUGCCCUAAGUGAUUCGUUUAAAGCUGCGUUCUGAAUUUUCGGUUUUUCCAAAAGAUUAACUGAAGAGAUAGGUUUAGCGACCCGUUUGCGAUUUUUCGCAGCACAAAAAUCAGGCGCUACCAACUGUUUGUAGAAAUGUAACUACAAUUUUUCAUUCUCAUUAUCGGGACGUAUUUUAGUUGCCUUCGCAGAUUUACAAAGAGAAUCUUAUUGCUUUUAAUGGAAAUACUGACUUUAAGAGAGACGACUGCGGAUCUUACCAAAACGAGAAUUGAUAAUUGUUGCAGUUACAUAAAUUAAUUUUUGCUAUACCUUAUGAGAAGUUGUGAAAAAAAGAAAAUAAUUCUCUUAUAUAAAAAUUGAGGAAUAACUUUCGUUCGAACUCACCUUAAAAGAUUGAUUUGAAAAUUUGCUUAUUGCAUCUCUAUUCUCUUCUCCAGUUAAGGCCAAUAAAUUUGUUAUUCCCAAGCUUAUGUAAAAAUCACUUAAUGGCUUACGAGGAACGUGAUGCUUUUAAUAAAAAAUCUUCUUUUAUUGAAUUUCAUUAAGUAACAGCAGAAUAAGUUAAAAAACACAAUUUGUCGUCGGUUAGACGAUGUAAUGAUAAAACUUUGUCAUGUAACGAACCUCCCCCUUGCAAAUUUCGUUCAAUCAAUCAAUAAAGAAAAAAAAAGGAAAAAAAAAAGUAAAUAAAUAAGUAAAAUAGAAAAAAUGAAAGCAUGAAAAACUUCUCAAUUACCGCAAGAAAGAUUAAGAAAAAAAAAAAUAAAAAUAAAUAAAUAAGAGCGGAUUAUGUCAAAGCCGAACGUCAUACAUAGUAGAGAAUUCCAAGUAAACUCAUUUCAUGCAAAGCCAUAAAGCCAUAAAGAUGGCACGCAGCACUAUGCGAGGAAUGUUUGAAUGCAAAAAAAAAAACGUUUUUAUGGUUUUAUAUUGUUUUGCAUAACAUCAACUUUUACGAACUUUUAAAGAAAAUUGAAAUUUAAAAAAACGUGUGUCGUAAAGCUCUCCUUUUACACUCUAAGCCUUUGCUUUUACACUUUAAUCCUUUGCGUUUCUCUUUGUUGUAUGCUAAUAAAGUUAUGACUUUUUGUCUUCUUCUCUUCCUUUUCUACUUUGUAUUACGUUUCGUUGCGCGCAAAGAAUCAUUAAAUUAACAAACGUUUGUUUCGUUUUAAUCGAGUUUUUCUUGUUCUUUUCCUGAGCUCAGUAUAAAAUGGGGGUCGAAUAUUUCACACUGUUGUGGCUCCAAAUGCUGUGCAUAAUUGAUGGUAGUUGGGCGCAACGUUCACCCUAUUCCCUGCAGACGGCCGUUGAUGAGCUGCAUCGCCAGGAAUAUCCGUUGAAUGCACCACCACCGCUGUCGCCACAGCAGCACAACUUUUAUGGCAGUGCUUUGGGACCGGCUAUUAUUGAGCCGGACUAUUGGGAAGAUGAGAAUGCUGCCUACACUACUACAACAAACACUAACAAACAACGUAAUAGAUUAAAUAAACAACUAGCAAAAUAUUUGGAACGUGAAAGCUAUGAAGCCGACCAUGGUGGCCUAACACUAGGACCAUUCGGUGGCUAUGAAUUUGAUGAAGAUAGUAAUAAAUUAUUACCACCCAGUCGUAAUGACAAACGUUCGUCAUUCUUUAGAGAACGUACUAAUCUGAAUGAUGAUUCACCAACUUCCAUAUUUCGUGAGCGGGAACCUCAAACCUUGAAUGUGCCACCCGAACACGCCGAGUUAACAGAUCAAUUUUUACGUGAAAUCGAACGAGCCCAAGAGCACGAACGUCAGGAUCGUUACAAAGAUGCCCUACGUAAUCUCUGGGAAAAAUAUCAACAGCAAGAAAAUCAAAUUGAAGGCGAUUUAUUUGAGGAGGACAAGAGAAUGCGUAUACCGCCCUAUUACAUGUUAAUGCAAAGGAAACGUUCGUAUCCGGUAUUGCCAUGGUUGCCAUAUUCAGCAGAACGUGCUAAAAGGUUUCCCGUAGCUAAGAGAUCAACUAAACAUGUCAGCGAGAGUUCAAAUAAAGGUUUAAAUAGUUUAGGCAAAACCGAUGAAAACGUUGAAAAGGAAUUGAGCGAAUUAUUCAGUUCAAGAGCCGAAGAGAAGCAUAAACGUUCUAUAGCGGAAGACAACGACAACCAUAUAAAAGGAACAAAGAAUUCAGAGCCUUCCAUGAUUAAUAUGCGUUUGGAAAUGGAUGAAAACAAACAAAAGACUGAAAACGAAACUGCGAAGGAAGCGGAAGUUAAGGGCAAUAUAGCGACUGAACAUCAUCAGCAUGCCGGUCAUUCUCUCAAAAAGCAUGAACAUGGUAAACGCAGUAAUCGUCCACGUUCCCCUGACAGUCAUGAGGAAGAAAGUGCCGAAGAACAAGAAGAAUCUGAAAAUCAAGACGAGAGCGAAGGGGAGGAUAACAAUGAACAUGAGCAGGUGCAGGAAACUGAUGGCGAGCAGAACGAGCGUAAAAGAAAACGCGAAUCAGCUACAAGAAAGCACGCGACAACUUUAACCAAAUCCAGGAAUGAUGUGACGAGCAUGCGUCAAAAAAAGUCGGUAGAUUGGUCUAAUUACUUCGGAUUAGAUCGCAAAAAGAAGGCAAUGACUGCAGGCGAUGGCAAUAGCAACAACGGUGAUAUGAAGAAACGCAGUGUUAUACAAUUCGAUACGAUGGCAAUUGAGGAUAAGGACAGCAAAGGCAAACUUGAUCCGGAGAAACUGGAAAACAUGGAUAAAAAGUUGCAAUCGAUCGAAGAUUUCAUCAUAGGUGAGACCAUUAAAUAUACGGGAGCUCAUGAAGGCAUUGAUAAUCCCGAAGAAAUCCAACGAGUUAAGGAUCGUGUUUUGUCACGUUUGGCUACAGCUUAUAGUUUGGAAAAAAUGCGACGAGCCUUACAAAAAUUACGUCAAUCAAUGGAUAGUGAAAACCAUUUAUUGCGUAAUAUUAUAGAUCCUCUCAAUGAUCAAGAUGGCACCCGUAAUUCUUUGGAAUUAAUUAAGAAGGAAAGGUCGAGUACUAAAGAUGAAGAUGAAGAUUUCGGGGAAAAGUCAGAGAAGGAAACACAGGUGAAGAAGAAAAUGAAGAAAAAUAGCAACUAUUCCCGCUAUCCUGAACUGUCGAAUGAUUUUGAAGGCCCAGAACAGAGCCUAGCAGGGCCACGACGCCUUGAACCACUAAAUGACGCCUAUUUAGGCAACAAGAAUUACAUCUGGGGCUCAAAUCAGUGCCCCAUUAUAGAGGCCAUAGCAGAACGGUGCCGCGGUGUUGACUUACUAAGCGGUGACUUAAAUCAAGAGCUUUUGCCUUUGUGCGGUGUUCAUCAGAUUUGUUAUUUAUGCGGCACAUCACACAUAGCGUGCGACUAUCAAUAUUUAGAAGAAGCUGACGAUGUAUGCGGUCCUCUGAACAAAGAAUGCCAAGCAGCUGCACGUUCUGUUCUCAUGAUUUUACGCGGUACACCCGGCCCUCAGUUGGGCCCUCGCGAAUGUGCUAAAAACUCUUGUCUUUACAAUGCUAUGCGAGAAAUUGGUCUUUAAAUUCUUGCACGCUUAUUCAGAAUAUAUAAACCUUUCCCCAUCAAUAGAAACAAUAACCACGUGCAUACACAUACAUAUAUAUAGAAAAACACUCCCAUCCCCGUAACAUUUUCCUCAGUAUGAAAUAACAAAUUCAGGUUUAAACACUAGACAUAUAUACAUAGAUAGUGUAAGAGAAGACAAGUUCGACUUUUAAAGGUACGACUGUAGCAAAUUUACCAAAAGAUAGAGAUUUUAAUAUUUGAGGGACGAAAAAUAUAUGAAUAAAAUUUAUAUUAAUAUGUAAAUUAUAA